CCUUCUCUCCCACACCCCAAAUAUCUCACCCUCGCUAACCUUCCUUUUCACUUUCAACCUCUCUGUUCUCUCUCUUUCUCUAAAUAUCAGUAUAUCUCUCCCUUUCGCCCCUGCCAAUAAUUAAUUAGCCAUACCUUAGAGCUCGAUAAUGGUGGUGAAGAAGCCUCGGAUUGUGAUUAUCGGAGCCGGAAUAGCUGGCCUCACUGCAGCCCACAAGCUCUACACCUCCUCCGGCUUCAAAGAUUCGUUUGAGCUCUGCGUCGUCGAAGCCGGGACCAGAAUCGGCGGAAGAAUAUGCACGUCGGAGUUCUGUGGUGACCGGAUUGAGCUCGGUGCCACUUGGAUCCACGGAAUCGGGAACAGCCCAAUUCACAAAAUCGCCCAAGAAACACACUCUUUACACUCCGAUCAGCCGUGGGAGUACAUGGAUGGCGGCUCCCCCGACACCAUCACCAUUGCCGAAGGCGGCUUCAAGCUCAGUCCAGCCAUUGUCGACCCCAUCGCCAAGCUCUUCAAAACCCUCAUGGAUCAAGCCCAAGGGAAGACCAGGAAUGCUACGAUGUUGAACGAACAAGACAGCCAAAGGAGUGAACUUUAUCUGAGUGUAGGCUCGUUUCUGAGGAAAGGACUUGAAGCUUACUGGGGUAAAGAGGAAUCGAAGGAGGAGCUUAAAGGGUAUGGAAAAUGGAGCAGGAAGCUGCUUCAAGAAGGAAUUUUUAAAAUGUAUGAAAAUACCCAGAGGACUUAUACUUCAGCGAAUGACCUCAUGAAUCUGGAUUACAGUGCAGAGAGUGAGUACACGAUGUUCCCAGGUGAAGAAAUCACCAUAGCUAAAGGUUACAUCAGGGUAGUGGAAUCACUAGCCUCUGUUCUUCCACCUGGGGUUGUUCAAUUGGGUCGAAAAGUGACAAAGAUCGACUGGAAACCCCAGGGGUCCAUGGAAAAAUCACAAAGGCCUGUCAAGAUUCAUUUCUAUGAUGGGUCUGCAAUUUCUGCAGAUCAUGUCAUCAUUACGGUUUCAUUGGGAGUGUUAAAAGCUGCGAUUCAAGAAGAUUCAGGUAUGUUCUAUCCUCCUCUGCCUCUUUUCAAAGCAGAGGCAAUCUCAAGGCUUGGUUUUGGUGUUGUUAAUAAACUGUUUCUGCAACAAGAAAGUAAAAACGGGCACUACAAUAACAAGAAUGGCUGCUUCCCUUUACUGCAAAUGGUGUUUCAUCCUCAUGACUCUGGGCUUAGGAACAAGAAGAUCCCUUGGUGGAUGAGAAGAACAGCCUCAGUUUCUCCUAUUUACAGCAAUUCUAAUGUUCUUCAAGCUUGGUUUGCUGGGGAUGAAGCACUAGCACUUGAAUCACUGAAAGAUGAAGAGAUUAAGACUGGGGUUUCAGCCACAAUUUCGAGCCUUCUAUGCGAUUUGAAGUUGUGCCAUAAUGGGAAUGUAGAUUCUGAGAACUCUCAUGGAAGUGAAGUGAGAUUCAGUAAAAUUCUGAAGAGCAAAUGGGGUUCUGAUCCUUUGUUCUUGGGGUCAUACAGUUAUGUUGCAGUAGGAUCAAGUGGUGAAGAUUUGGACACAAUGGCAGAGCCAUUACCGAAGAGAGAAAGCAAUAGCGAUUUCAAGUGUUCUUCUUCUUCUUCAUCAACAUCAUCACCUUCACCUUCAUCUUCAUCUUCAUCUUCAUCAUCCUCACCUCCUCUGCAAAUUUUGUUUGCAGGCGAAGCUACUCACAGAACUCACUAUUCUACUACUCAUGGAGCUUACUUUAGUGGUCUUAGGGAAGCCAAUAGGCUUCUUCAACAUUAUCACUGUGUUGGGAUUUUUAAUGAUCAGUAAUUUUUUUUGGGUUCUA